CGCAGGCGCAGAGGGUUGUGGGGGGGCGGGGAAUCCGGCUCGCGGGCGCGUCGGUUUCUCGCGUUGCCGUGGAAACCACCGGCCAGCGAGGCUCCCGAGAGAAAGACGCUGUCUGUUCAAGAUGGCGAAGGACCUGGACGAACUUCUGGAUGAAGUCGAGACCAAGUUCUGCAGACUCGACCCUCUGAGGCUGGACCUGGGUGAGCGGCCCAGCGGCGGCGGCGGCGGCGGCGGCGGCGGCGGAGGCGGCUCGCACAGCGGCGACCGGAACGGAGCCCAGGAUCAAGAGACUCUCAGAUCAACAGAAACAUUUAAAAAAGAAGAUGAUCUUGACAGUCUUAUUAAUGAAAUAUUCGAGGAGCCAAACUUUGACAAAAAAUCUUUUCAAAAAUUUAAAUCUAAAUCUUCAAGUAACACAUCUGUCAGAGCUCCCAUACAAGGCGUCAGUAAAAGUUGCAGUCCAGUAUAUCUCAGUGGAAGCGCCAUUCCAUAUGGGAUUGGAACAAAUACUUCACAGAGAGCAUGUGACCGACUGCGUUGUGUAGCCUGUGAUUUCCGGAUAGUGAGCUACAAUGACUAUAUGUGGGACAAGUCAUGUGACUACCUGUUCUUCAGAAACAACAUGCCAGAAUUCCACAAACUCAAAACAAAAUUGAUCGAGAAGAAAGGUGCACGGGCGUAUGCCUGCCAGUGUAGCUGGAGAACUGUUGAAGAGCUCACGGACCUGCAGACAGAUCAUCAGCUUCGCUGGGUGUGUGGUAAACACUGAGAGUGCAGACAGCUGCACCUGUGAGAGCAAGUUCCGGGUACCAAACCUGGGUACCAGUGCAGAGCAGUAUUGUGCCCACUGGGAAAAGGCUACAAAUGUUGUGUAACCACACGUUUGAAGAUCAAAUGGACUGGAAAAGACGUAUGCACUGUGGCACCUUGGCAUUCUUCCUUUCGACAUGGACAUUUUACUUAGGUUAAAAUUUGCCAGUUAUCUCCUUUUAGAGAUUGAAAUUGUGACAUUUUGUGCAAAUUUACAGCUUAUCCAUACUAACUGCCAUACUGACUGCUAAUGUGCUCUAAAAUGUUCCUCGUGUGUCAUUGUUGUUAAAGAAUACCCACUGGCAUGGCAGAGAGGUCAUUGUAUAUGAGUGUUCAUGGCUCUUCCUAUUCUGAUCCAUCAUUGUCUGAAACUGUAAGUUGAACGUGACAGAAAAGCAGAUGACCAUUGGUUAACUGAGGGGUUGGCAAGAGUACAGGAACAUUGUAUCCCUGCCUUAUAUGUAUCUCAUCUUGCCUCACCAACUCACUUCAGUAUUAUGCAUAAUAGUAAUAGUAAUAAUGAUGUUACCAGUUUUAGUAUAUUUCCCUCCUUUGCUCACUGAAAUAUCAAAAGUUGUUAAUUUUCCAUUAGCAAACAUCUAUUUAUAUAUAUAAGUUUUUGGUAUAACUAAAGUUACUAAAAUCCACAAAUAAGUCAUUGUUAGACUUUUCAAGUAUACUCCAUAACUCUAAAUGAGCAGCAGUAAGAUGAUUUUCAGACAACCUGUGGACUUUCUAAUAGUAUCCGGUUGGUCCAUUCUUUAUUGAAGUAUAGAGAACCAAUGGGUAGCUAUUGGGCUCCCAUGAUAUCAGAGAUGGGAGGAACUGUAUCAUACAGAGUAACAUGUUCAAGGAAUGCAUUGCCUCGGUUUUACCUCCCAGCCCCAUAGACAUUUCAGGGCUUUUCUAGUCUGCUAGAAUUCUAUUCUGUGUGUCCCAUUUCUGUGUGUGUAUUAAGUGUGUGACACUGGGCACUCAUCUGAAGGGAUGAACAUUUUAGCCCAGAUACGACCUGCUUGCUUUUCAGAUAACUCCAUUCUUGCCACCAAGCAAAUCCUCUGAUUGCUGGAAGCUCUUUCCUAGGCUAGGGUCUAGCUUGGCAAUAGAAUGCUUGCAGUGCGUGUACGUGACCCUAAACUUAGUCCCAGUAGUACAAAAGAAAAAAGAAAGACAGAGAGGCAAGCUUUUCCUCACCAUGACACAUUUAUGUUCUUAAAAAACUUUCAUUGCAGCAAAAGAGAUCUCAAAGUGGCUGAUGCUCAAAUUUUUGUAUUAAGAUUAUAUACAAAUUUUAUCUUUCAAUAAACCAAUUUACUCCUCAAAA